AUGGACGAUGACAAGGUUGAAAGUACUGUGGAAGUAAGCAACAACCCCAUGGCGACUGCCUUCGAGCCUAUAAGACGGGGGAACCGAACGGGGGAGGUGAGGGAGAAAGAAGUUAUGGUGGAGCCAGGUGUUUUUAGGGAGGAGCGGCUCGGUAACACAACCUGGUGUCGGUGUGGCAGGUGCAUGGUGGUGCCCACCAUGGUGGAAUAUGUUGUCUGCCAAUAG